AUGCCCGUGCUGACUCCCCCGGCUGGGCGCAGCCAGGCCACACGCGUGGGGGCUGCGGCACGGCGCGAGGCGGCCAAGGCCACGACGCUGAAGGCGCAGCAGCUGGCCGAGCGCUGCGAGCAGGAGGCAGUUAUCAUGCGGCAACCUGAGGGCAGCGUAAGGGACCCGCACGUGGCGCGCCAGCCCUGCCGCGACGCCUACAUCCCGCCCUGUCGCUUCCCCGUGGAGAUGCUCAAAGGCGGCAGCACGGUGGAGAAGCCACCGUGGAACAGCAAAACAAAGCGGCGUGCCCAGCACGCCCGCCUGAAGCCACCCAAGCACCGCGACGCGCUGGCCCAGCAGCCGGCCAGGGUGAUGCUUGCGCACGCGCGUGAGGCGCGCCUCACCGCCGCGUGUCUGGAUUGAUGGGCAGCUGCGGCUCCUGCAGCGCUAGCGUCAGGCUACCGACCGCAGGCUCAAGCUACCGACCGCAGGCUCGGCGAAGUGAGCAAAGGCCUGCUGAUCAACCAGCAGAGCGUCAAGCUGCAGGACUACCCGCCCAGGGCGGAGGAGAUCCCUGACAGAGUUGACAGCAAGCUUACCCAGGAGAAGCAUGAGUUAAAGAGCAUAAAGAGGAAGAUGGAGAAAGAUAUGGAAAAAUCUCAUGACAUCCUCCAGGCCCUGGCCUCCUGCCGGGACGCUCUGGGCUUCUGCUUUAACGAGAGGCUCCAAGCUGCGGACCUAAUGAACCAGCCGCUAGACAAGGUUCUGAAGCAGGCCGGCCGGCACUCCUGGGUGAACCUCCAGCGCGUCCCCACCCUGAGCGCUUAGGGCCAGAAAACGCCACCUCCAGACCCUGUGCGCACCUCCACCCCAGGGUGCGCCACGGCGCUGUACGAAGCCAAGCGACUUCUGAUGGAGUCCAAGAACACCUUGCUAGAAAUGGCCAAGAACGAGAACAUCUGCAAACAGCAGCAGCAGAGAAGCGAUCGCGUGUGCGCUUCCCUGGCACAGAAGAUGCGCGAGACCUCGGAGCUCCGGGAAAGAAUGAAUAUGACCGCAGGACUGUUGAGGGAAACCAUCCGCCAGUGCACGAAAUACAGCCAGGAGAUGCACAUCACCCGCGGCCUCAUGAAGGUUCAUUUUCAAGAGCAUCUGGCCCAGGUGCGUCGCCCCCAGCCCCUGCGUGAGGCCUGCCUCUCAGCUCUGCUCUCUCCCGGGCGGGGCAGCGCCGACGAGCUUGAGAGUCACAUCUCUCACAUGGCGGAGCUGCCCGCCAUGCACAAGAAUCUCACCUGCAGCGUCAACUGCAAGAAGAUCGGGCAGGACGUGGACAGCAACGUGUUGCGCCUGCGUCUCCGCCAGCGCCACCUGCGCGUGUGCUACGAGCCCGCGUGGCGCCUAGUCAGCGGCUGGGACCCGCGUCCGCCGCCCCCUGCCUAGUCCAGCGCCGCCGCGCGGUGACAGGCGCACCCCUGCCCUGCCGGCUGGCCCCGCGCGGAACCAGACUCUGCCCAUGGCUCCGCCCUCCCCUCACCCACCUCCCUCUGAGCUCCCUCCAGCAGAAUUAUCAUUUUAAAAAAUUAUAAUAAUUACCAUUUA